GCUCAGUUUAUUAGCGCGUUCUGUCGUUAUUCUGUCAGUGUCCAUCAUGAAUGGCAACAGAGUGGUCAUAAACGUGCGCGAGGGAAAAUUAAUCGGCAUCAUCGAAGAAAAUUUUCUUGAUGGGAAGUAUAUCGCUUUCCGAGGAAUACCAUAUGCAAAACCGCCGAUCGGUAAACUUAGAUUCAAGGAUCCGGCACCACCGGAACCAUGGUCCGGCGCCAGAGAUGCUUCAAAAUACGGAAAUGUCGCUGUUCAGACGGAUAUUAUCACAGGCGAAAUGAUUGGCGACGAAGAUUGUCUCUACUUAAACGUGUACACCGCAGACGUCGAAUCAUGGAGAAAACGUCCGGUUAUGGUGUGGAUACACGGCGGCGCUUUUAGCUUAGGUUCCGGCGAUGCAUCCGUUUACGGUCCCGAUUAUAUUGUCCGGAAGGACGUGGUAUUGGUCACGUUAAAUUAUAGACUAGGUGUUCUCGGGUUCCUAAAUCUUAACGAUGAAGUGGCAGCAGGCAAUCAAGGUAUAAAGGAUACUAUUAUGGCAUUACGAUGGGUUCAAAAAAAUAUAUCAAAGUUCAGUGGAGACCCAGGAAAUGUCACCAUCUUUGGCGAAAGUGCUGGUGGUGUCAUCGUUCAUUAUUUGACUCUGUCUCCAUUAAGCGAAGGUUUGUUUCACAAAGCGAUAUCACAAAGCGGCGUUGUCACAAAUCCCUGGGCCUUUAUUGAAUUGACAAAUAAAGCCACGAACAAAGGUUUCCAACUUGCCGAGUACUUUGGUAAAGCGACCUCAGAUCCGAAGGUCGCUUAUGAACUUCUCAAAAUAAUCGACGCGAGAAAGCUUAGGAAAGCCGAACACAAGUUGCAGACGAAAACAGAGCGCCUACAAAAGAUAAUACCGUUUCCACCCAGUUUAGACCACAAAUCGCUGAAUCCAGUCAUCACGGAGGAUCCAAGCAUAUUAAUACAUCGCCGAGCUAAAGUGCCAUACAUUGUGGGUUAUAACAGUUGCGAAGGAUCUUAUUUAGUAAAUAGCACUUUCGGAUAUUUAAAUGAGGAGACUUUUAAAGAAAUCAAUUCCAAUUUCAAAAAAACCAUCAUACCUAGAAUUUUGCCUACACUAUCACAGAUACCAAUCACAAUCGAAGAAUUACGAUUUUUAUACUUUGGUAAUAAAACAGUGUCAGAGGAAACUCUGAUUAAUUACGCUGAUUUUAUGGGCGAUAUAUAUUUUUAUCGCGGCAUUAUGGAAGUAGUUGAUGCUCAAAUGAGCUCUGAUGCUAACGAGCCGACCUACUUGUACAAAUUUUCAUAUGAAAAUGAAGCUUCUUUCUUGAGAAAAAUCUUAAACGUUACGCUUCCAGGUGUGACUCACUCAGAAGAACUUUUUUACUUAUUUUAUUCUCAUAUGAUGAAAGAUUUGGGCUUACCACCAUUCGCACCUGAUUCGAAAGAUUACAAGAUAAUGAAUCGUUUAACACAAAUGUGGACGGAUUUUGCUAAAACAGGGAACCCAACACCCGCAAUUACGAACUUGACUCCAAUUAAAUGGACACCGUUGAAGAUCGCCGGAAAUGUAUACGAUUAUUUAGACAUUGAUAUUGAACCUCGAAUGAAAAUCCUUCGUAAAGAAGAGCAGCGCUGCAACUGGAAGAAUAUGAAACAUAAGCUAUGAUUAUAUUCUGUGUACAAUAUUUAAUCAGCAAUAAAUAUUGACUUUUUAGUACAUUUUA